CACACCAACGAAAGGAACGUCCCGGACGUCAACGAGUGAGCAAGAGAAGAACACGCAGUAAUUUGUAGGUUGUAGAAAGUGCUCCCUUCGUUUAUUAUGACAACACAUUUGUAAAUACACGAAAAAGUUAAAGCACAAAAAUGGUGUUAGCAGAUUUGGGUCGUAAAAUCACGACUGCCCUGCAAUCGUUAAGUAAGGCAACAAUUAUAAAUGAGGAGGUUUUAAAUGGAAUGCUCAAGGAAAUUUGUGCAGCCCUAUUGGAAGCAGAUGUAAAUAUAAAAUUGGUAAAAACGUUGCGUGAAAAUGUUCGGGCGGUUAUUGACUUUGAUGAGAUGGCCGGUGGUCUUAAUAAGAGACGUAUGAUACAAAGCGCUGUGUUUAAAGAGCUGGUUAAACUGGUCGAUCCCGGUGUUAAGCCUUAUCAACCUCAUAAAGGCAAACCUAAUAUUAUUAUGUUUGUUGGCUUGCAAGGCUCGGGGAAAACUACCACAUGUACAAAAUUGGCAUAUCAUUAUCAGAAAAAGAAUUGGAAAUCUUGCUUGGUAUGUGCAGAUACGUUUCGUGCCGGCGCGUAUGAUCAGGUCAAACAGAAUUGUACAAAGGCCCGAAUACCUUUCUACGGAAGCUAUACGGAAGUGGAUCCAGUUAUCAUUGCUCAAGAUGGCGUGGAUAUGUUUAAAAAAGAAGGAUUCGAAAUUAUAAUUGUGGAUACUAGCGGAAGACAUAAGCAGGAAGAGUCGCUUUUUGAAGAAAUGUUAGCUGUUUCAAAUGCUGUUAAACCGGAUAAUAUCAUUUUUGUUAUGGAUGCUACGAUUGGUCAAGCUUGUGAAGCUCAGGCAAAAGCGUUUAAAGAUAAAGUCGAUGUUGGUUCAGUUAUCAUUACAAAGUUAGAUGGACAUGCCAAGGGUGGUGGUGCACUUAGUGCAGUGGCGGCUACAAAUAGUCCCGUUAUAUAUAUAGGUACGGGAGAGCAUAUAGACGAUUUGGAACCAUUUAAAACGAAACCGUUUAUUAGCAAAUUGUUAGGAAUGGGUGACAUAGAAGGUUUAAUUGAUAAAGUGAAUGAAUUGAAAUUAGAAGAUAAUGAGGAAUUGUUAGAGAAGAUUAAGCAUGGGCAAUUUACUCUACGUGAUAUGUAUGAGCAGUUUCAAAAUAUUAUGAAAAUGGGACCUUUUUCGCAGAUUAUGGGAAUGAUUCCCGGGUUUAGUCAAGAUUUUAUGUCGAAAGGCAGUGAACAGGAGUCGAUGGCCAGACUUAAACGUCUUAUGACAAUAAUGGAUAGCAUGAAUGAGGGAGAAUUAGAUAAUCGAGACGGAGCUAAAAUUUUUUCCAAGCAGCAAUCACGUAUAACAAGGGUUGCACAAGGAUCUGGAGUCACUGAAAAAGAAGUUAAGGAAUUAAUAACGCAGUACACCAAAUUUGCUGCUGUUGUUAAAAAAAUGGGAGGAAUUAAGGGUUUGUUUAAAGGCGGCGAUAUGGCAAAAAAUGUUAAUCCAGCACAGUUGGCAAAGCUUAAUCAACAGAUGGCAAAGAUGAUGGACCCAAGGAUUUUACAUCAAAUGGGCGGUAUGGCCGGAUUACAAAAUAUGAUGAGACAACUACAAGCAGGAGCGGCCGGUGGCAUGGGAGGAUUGGGAAACCUUAUGAAUAGUUUUGGUGGGAAAUAGAUUGAUUGUAAUAUAUUAUGAAAAUAAACAUUUUUCCAUAUU